UUGAAUUAUCCCCUCUUUCAUUCUCUAAGUGUAUAGUUCACUCACAUAAUAUUUCUCUUGCAUUUCCUUUUCAGGUUAUAAUGAACCACUCCAGAGAUCACAUCUGAGCAUAACUUCUGCUCCAAGCUCAAGAACCAGCCAUUUCACAGUUAAUUUCACCUUGACCAACCUCCAGUACACUGCAGAUCUGGAUGCACCCAGUUCCCGCAGAUUCAUUUCUACAGAGAAAGUUAUCAAACAUUAUAUUGACCCUCUGUUCAAAAGAAGCAGCAUAGGCUCUGUCUACACAGGAUGUAAAGUAAUGAGAUUUAGGUCUGGGAGACGCAGGGGUGACACAGGUGUGGAUGCUGUCUGCAGCUACAUAAACAACAUCAGCACGGCCAGGUUUGACAGAGAAACAGUUUAUCAUGAGCUGAACACCAUGACAAAUGGCACCACCAGACUAGGGCACUACAGCCUAGAGAAGAACAGUCUGUACAUUAAUGGUUUCCAUAUCACAGACACAGCUCCCACCAAAAAGCCUGCCUUGAAUAAAGCUCCCAUAACAGGAUACAAACUGAGCUUUAGAAUAGUCAACGAAAACUUAACUAACCCAGACUCUCAAUCUCCAGAAUACAAAGCAGCACUGGAAAGCAUCAAUAAAAAGAUGAACCAAUUAUACCGUCAGAGUAACUUACGAGACCAAUUCCUAAACUGCAGUAUCACAAGACUAAGGGCUGGAUCCAUAGUGGUUGACUGCAAUUGCUUCUUCCAGCAAAAGCCCAGCAUCAACAGGGCCGUGGUUGAAAGGGCUUUUCAGAAUGGGACUACAAAUACAACCGGACUAUGGUUGGGGAGCAGCUACCAGUUGCAAGAAUUCUCAGUAAAUGGCUUGGAACUAGCAAUUGAAGCAGAACCUGACAAAACACCUCUCAAGUCUGAGAAAGAAAGCUUCAGAUUAAAAUUCAGAAUCACCAACCUUCCAUACUCCUCAGAACUGCAGGACUCCAAGUCACAGAUGUACCAAGAGAGCAAAGAGAAAAUUGAGAAAGAGCUCAAUGUAUUCAGAAGCAGCAGCAUGAAGAACUACUUCACUGGCUGUACUGUGGAAAGCUUUGGGCCAGUCUAUAGGAAACCUUACACAAGCAUCACCUCUGUCUGCAAAUUCACACACGACCUCUACUCAAGGCCUUUACAAAAGCAAGAGGUGUACAAGGAGCUGCAACGCUUGACAGAUGGGUUCACCAAGCUGGGCCCCACCUAUGAGCUGGAUAAGCAGAGUUUAAUGGUUGAAGAUUACUCUUCGCUCACAACAGCAGAACAGGAGUCCAAAAGAUCUGAGCUUCAAUUCUGGGCAAUAAUCCUCAUCUGUGUUUUUGCCCUGCUUGGGUUCAUUCUCCUCCUGUUGUUAUGCUUCCUGAUUGUCGUUUGCCUAAGGAGAAAGUCAAAUCUGUACCAGGUUCAACAGAGCACGUACGGUGUGUUCUUCCCACAUCUGGGCACAAAAGUCCAUUGACAGAACAGAUGAAGUAUUGUUUUCACAGACCUGUUCAUCCAUUCAUGAAGGAAAAAUAAUGUUUACGAGUACUAGAAAAAAUGUUUCUUUAAUAAAUUAUGUUUAGCAUUUUC